UUAUUAAUUCACUUGAAUCCUUAACCAAUCUCCCCUUUCCCCUUAGUGCUGCGUAUGGACAGAAAAGGCAGUGUUUGUGUUUUAAAACCUUUCUCCUUCAGUUUCUAUGGUGAGGGAGGUCAGGCUCCGGAAGUGAAGUGGCCAUUUUGCCGAGAGACCCCGCGAGCUGUGCCAGGAGCGGGAAGAGGUGGGCUCGGGAGUCUCUGAGACACGGACGCGGCUGCCUCCUCCGUGAAGGUCUGGAAAGCAGGACACCUAGUUUCGUCCCACGCCUCUUCCCACGGUUCACUGUCCUGCCACUCAUCCUCCAUGGCCACCUGGAGCCGUGAAGCAGUGCUGACACUUUACCGUGCUCUGCUACGUCAGGGACGUGGCCUGCGCUAUACUGAUCGUGAGUUCUACUUCAGCUUCAUCCGGCGGGAGUUCCGUAAGAACCAGCACCUUAAGUAUCUUGAAGAUAAGGAGAGACAGCUGGAGAAGGGCCAGGCUUUUUUGCACAGCAAACUUGGGGGGUUGGUUUAAAGGCCUCCCUAUCUUUCUUUCCUAUGCCUCUGGUCCCUUCCUUUCUUCACAGUCACUCUCAUCAUCUGGUUUAGAUGGUUAAUAUUGUUUGUCUGGUACAAACCUGAAAAAAGAAUCCUGAACCGGUCUUGCCUGGAUACCUAGGAGUGUUCACUUUUCCUCUUCACUGAUGCAUUAAGUGUCAGUGAAGGAGAAAUGGCAGGUGCUGGAGAGCGCAAAGGAAAGAAGGAUGACAAUGGUAUUGGCACGGCCAUUGAUUUUGUUUUGUCCAAUGCCCGACUCGUACUGGGUGUGGGAGGUGCGGCCAUGCUGGGAAUUGCCACCUUGGCUGUAAAACGGAUGUAUGACCGGGCAAUCAGUGCUCCUGCCAGCCCUACCCGCUUAAGCCAGUCAGGAAAGAGAAGCUGGGAAGAACCAAGUUGGCUUGGAUCCUCAUCAAGAUUACUAAACCAAGAUAUGAAGACUAAUCUUAGCCGUUCUCUUCAAACUCUUCCCACUGAUCCUUCAGCUUUUGAAACAGAUUCUGUGAAAUCCAUGAGGCAUAAGUCCCCUGCCAAGAAAAGUCAGGUGGAAUUGAAGAAAUCUCGCCUACGGAUGUCGCUGCAAGAGAAGCUAUUUGCCUAUUACAGAAGGAAGGUGGCCAUCCCAGCAGAAGAGCAGACCAAGGCCAAGCAGGCUGCUAUGGAUAUCUGUGCUGAGCUGCGUGGUUUCCUCCGUGCCAAGCUGCCAGACAUGCCUCUGCGUGAAAUGUAUCUGAGUGGCAGCCUCUAUGAUGAUUUGCAGGUUGUGACAGCUGAUCAUAUCCAGCUCAUUGUUCCUUUGGUGCUGGAGCAGAACCUGUGGGCAUGCAUUCCAGGUGAAGAUACCAUUAUGAACAUCCCUGGCUUUUGCUUGGUACGUCGUGAAAACCCAGAAUACUUCCCUCGUGGCAGCAGUUAUUGGGAUCGCUGUGUGGUGGGAGGUUAUCUCUCACCCAGGGCUGUAUCUGAUGCCUUUGAGAAAGUAGUGGCUGGCUCCAUCAACUGGCCAGCUAUUGGGACCCUCCUUGAUUAUGUGAUCCGUCCAGCAGCGCCUUUGGAGUCUUUAACAUUGGAGGUCCAGUAUGAAAGAGACCGGCACCUUCUAAUAGAUUUUUUACCAUCCGUGACAUUAGGUGACACUGUCCUGGUAGCCAAACCUCACCGAUUAGCCCAGUAUGAUAACCUAUGGCGACUCAGCCUUCGACCUGCAGAAACAGCUCGUCUACGAGCCUUAGACCAGGCUGACUCUGGUUGCCGUUCCUUGUGCCUCAAGAUCCUCAAGGCCAUAUGCAAGCUGAACCCUGCACUGGCUCAUCUUUCUGCCAGCCAGCUCACCAAUGUCAUCCUGCACCUGACCCAGGAAGAGACUGACUGGUCACAGGAUGUGCUUGCUGACCGUUUUCUUCAGGCACUGAGAGAACUAAUUCGCUAUUUAGAAGCAGGAGUUCUUCCCAGUGUUUUGAAUCCCAAGGUGAACUUGUUUUCAGAGCUUACUCCUGAAGAAGUGGAUGAGCUGGGCUAUACCCUGUACUGUUCCCUUUCAGAACCAGAAGUCCUGUUGCAGACAAAAUAGCUGCCUUAUACAGAAUAUUAAUAGAGCUACUGCACAUGAGAGGUUCUCUAAAACCUCCUGAGUGAGAUAUGCACACCUUCCCCCUUUAUUUUGACAAGUCCAGUCCUGGUUUUCUUUUUCUUUUUUAAUUGUAUGGUGGGGGAGGGGAUAAAAUUUCUUGGUGCUACUGGUUCAGUUCCACUACCCUCAUAGUUGUCUGACAGGGAAGAAUUAGUGUGAAACUGUUGCUCGGUCUGUUACAAAGUCCUUGCUUCCAUUGUUCCAGGUGCCUGUCCCAACACUGUGCACUUCUCUUCCCCAAUACUCCACACCUCAUUGCUGUGAAAACUCUCACAUACACCUUGGAAGGUGUGAGAUUGGGCCAGUAAACCAUAGCAAUUUUCACUACUAUCUAAGUGAGGUAAUAUGGUUUUCACAGGGGUUUGUUCUGCUGGGUGUGUGUUUUUGUUUGUCCCCUUUGUGCGCAGUAUUGCGUAGUAACGUGGGAGAAAUUUUUGGAAUACAGUUAUUUAUAACAAGGAAUGUAUUUGGGAGAGCUCUGAGCACUAAUUGUACUUGCAAGGUUUGGGGGAUGGGUUCAUCCAGAGAGAGCCAGAAUUUGCACAUUGCAUAGCUUUUCACCAUUUUGAAUUUCACUAUAAUGGCAUCUUUGGGAAGAUGAGUGCAUGUUAUCUAGGAUACUCUCUUUUGCUGCUCUGGUGCCCUUCACUGCACAUACAUGGUUGCACCCAUGUUUGAAAAAGUGGUAGUAGGUCCCUAACAAAUCUAAAAGAAUGUAGGGAGUAUAAGUUCCCAUUUGUUGCUGUUGAGAUGCAGUAACUGCCUAAGAAAGUGAAAGCUAUGUAAGAAAAUAGAAAUGUGAGAACUGCCUAUCCAUCUGGUCGCUACCUUAAAAAGUAGAAAUUGCUAAGAAAGAUCCCUUCCAUAGAAAAGAAUUAUAGUAUAGAGCAAAACAGUCAAAAGUAAGGAGGCAUCUCAGAUGUUUCCAGUGGCAUCUCUUCAGCUCUUUAUGGCAAUACAGUGGUGAAGAAUUUUACACAUGGAAGACAAAUGUAAGACCCAGUACUUGGAAAAGUAUUUUUUUAAUUGCAACUCCCUGAAUUGGAUUUAAGGAAGUUGGUAUUGGAAAAUGUAACUUUUCUAAGUUCUUUUCAGAUCUUGAUCUUCCAUACAGUGGCAAUCCAAUAACUGAUGGGUACUAUUGUGUGUUUCUGUCUCUAAAGUUACUACUUACAGAUUAUUACCACCAUUCAAAAGAAAGCAUGAGUAGAAUGUAUACAUAGAAAUUACUUGUCAUGUUGAAGAGAGUGGUAUCUUAAUUGUUCCUGUUGCUUUGAAGGAAUCAUCUUAACCUUUUCUCUCCUUCAAGUGACAUUUCCUUGCUCUCCUCUGCCUGCUCCCUGAGAUAGUGAUAUAGCCACUUUAUUAUUAUCUCCUGCUCAGCAGGCAUGGAAUUGGCCUUGGCUGUUAAUGUGUUAUCUAUUUGCUUCUAUUACUGCUGCCAUAAUACAGAAAAAGAAAACAAGCAGACCUUUCAAAUGUUACUUUGUUGGACGGUGAGUUCUAGAAUAUCCUGGUCAACAUGACAAAUGGCCAUACUGAGUGUUCCUGAGGUUGCAGUCUUAAAGUAAUUUUUCCAAACUCUGAGAAAGUGUCCUAUAAGUAAUUAUUCUCAGUUUAACCAGCAGGGCAAGUAUUUCUGCAGAUAUGAUUUCUGUUUCUGCACAUGAAAUACCCACCCUUGCCUUUAAAAGGUAACAUGAGUAAUGAGAUAAUUUCAGGUCUGCAGAGGUGUGAACCACUGCCUGCCCUUGUUCUUUAUUUUGAAGUUGCUGCUUUUGUUAAUAAGGUAAAUCACGGCAUGUAAUUAUUAUUACGUGAAGUCGUUCCAGAGCAAAGGCUUUGGUCUGUGUACCCUUAUGUAUGGAAGGUGCCCCGUUUCACAGUCUGUCAGUUUGUAUGCUCACUAUACACAGUGUUACAUAUCAAUGAAAUAGUGUUGCCAGUAUUUAAUGAUCAACAGGCUUCUUGCCAAAGACUUGAAAGAUUGUGUGGGGGUGUUUGGAAAAUUUUAGCCUGGAAAAAUACCAGGUUUUUCAAUGAACAGUGAAGCUAUUGCUUUUUCCAGUGCUUAAAUUCAUCCCUCUCCCUUCUCAUGAGUCAGAGUCUGAAAUGCUGUUUGAGUUUGGAGGAAGAGGAAUGUAAUAUUUCCUGCUCUUCAACUCGUGAAUACAUAUUAUAUGCUUAUUUUUAAAGUAAAUCAAUUCACUUGUUAAAAACAUAAUUAAUAGGAGGCUUGACUAUGCCUUAUUGCUAUAAAGCUGAAUACAUAUUGAAUGUAGGCUUAUGCCACUUCCAUUUCCAGCAAGACACAAUUUGGUUUUCUUCCCUUCUGUCACCAGUUUCCUUUCCAAAACAGUAAUGAACUAUUUUCUUUGAAGUACCUAAAAAAAGAGAGAUUACAGUCAGUGUAUACAGUAGUGAGCUCAUAAUUCCAAAAGCAGCAAAUGCUUCAUUCACCACAAAGUUCAGCCAUGUCGGGCCUAUUCCUGAUUCCUGUUGAAGGCGAUGCAUCUUGCAUGAUGUUGAGACACUGGGUAGUAUGGGACAGCUUUUAAGAACUUUGCACUAGUGCUACUAAGUGACUGGACAAUUUAGUCCAAAGAACUGUUAAGAUGAAACCUUGUCAGUAUUCACUAAAAAUGCAUGUGAAUAUAUUUGGUAUUUGAAGCUAGGAGGGCUUAGUCUUAAGUAUUUAUGGAGCUCUCCUGUGAAACAGCAGAACAAACUAGAGAUGCAAAUAAAGCUAAGGGCUGUUUUCCCAAAUCUUGUGGGAGGAGGAACUUGUGGCAUCAAAUGAUCGUCAUAGGCCCCCAAAUCUAAGUCGUUUGGGCCUUGGGAGACUUUGGGUCACAUAAACCAAUGAGGCUUUCCCCCUGAAUCUCUGAGUGGGGAUCAACUAGCUCAAUAACAUAUUGUUGCCACUGUCAAACUCUGCUACUUACCUUCCAAGUCAGAGGAAUUCUUAACAGGAGUAUUAAUUUUAUAAAUGAUAAUAGGCUUUUUCCAAUGUCUGUGAGCCCUUGAUAGUGAAGAAAAAGAAAUGAGAUACUGGAUAUUCUCAAGCCUUGUGCUAUGUAAAAGGCUUGAAAGAGGAAGGUCUAGUGUGCAUGGUCUGUAACAGGAUGUGGAAAUUGUGAAAUAAAGUAACUUUCCACAAUCGUGGUUGUGUCGGUAUGUUAAAAAGAGGCACUGUAGCUAUUCCUGCAUUCUUUAUGUUGGGUAAAGGGAAAAUUGCUGUGUGCCAAUUAGAUUGAUAAAAUCUUAUUUCCUUGUC